GGCGGGAGGGCCCCGCUAGUGCCGCCGGUGCGGAUUGGCUGCCGUGCGAAGCGCCUGGGCUUCCGGUGGCUCCUCGGGCAGUGCGGCCGCCGCCGCCAUGACCACCGGCGGGCGGGAGGUGGCGCCGCCUCUGUGGCCCGUGGAGGCCCGCUUGGCGGCGCUGCUUCCCGACCUGGUGGUGUUCAGGAAGCCGUGGGGAUCGAAACCCGAGCUCGCCACUGCGCAGGGUGUCCUCCUCGGCGUCCACGUGACGGGGUUUACAGCUUUGAUGGACAGGCUAAGCCUCACCUGCCAGUUGGAGCAUGACAUAGACAAACUGGCCCACAUCUUCAGUUACUACAUUAGUGACAUCGUGGAGCAUGUACUCUGUUUCGGAGGGGAUAUCCUAAAUAUCACAGGAAAUGUGCUCCUGGCACUCUGGACGGUAAAACAGAAUCAGUUGAGUGACAUCAUCACCCUGGUGGCAAAAUGCAGUCUGGAGAUACAAGAGAAAUUUGGGAUCUACCAUACCAGAGAAGGCCAGGACCUGCAGCUAAAAAUAGGUCUGUCAGCAGGUCGGAUUUCCCAGGUUAUUGUUGGAGAUGAGCAACGGCAAUACCUCUUGGUGAUUGGGCGGGAUGUAGAUGAUGUCCAGUUAGCUCAGCGUUUAGCUCAGGCAAAUGAGAUUGUCCUGUCGUGGAACUGCUGGAAGCUCUGUGAACAGUACAUGUUUGAAGUGGAAAUCAUGAGGGAGGAUGAAGCUGUGAAGUUAAGAGAUUUGCACAUCAUUGACCGAUUUGAUUUUGAUGAACACUUUGACAAGUGCCUCAAUUAUCUGCCACACUACCGUACAAGUGCUGAGACUCUAAGAACUGCCCUGGAAUUGGAUCCAGACUCCGCACUUGAACAAACACUGCGAAAACACAUCAUGACAAACCUUUUGAAGAAGAUUGAUGAAGGCCAACCAAUGGAAUAUGUGUCUGAAUUACGUACCGUAACUACAGUUUUGAUCAGCAUAGAGUUCCACAAGACAGCAUGGAUAUUGCAUUUGUGUCGUCUUAUCCAGGAGGCUGCCUUAUAUAUCUCUACAGUUAUUGAGAAAGCAGGUGGCCAGCUGAGCCGCAUCUUUAUGUUUGAGAAAGGCUGCAUGUUCCUCUGUGUUUUCGGCCUGCCUGGGCAUAAGAAUCCAGAUGAGUGUGCACGAGCCCUGGACAGUUCCUUCCGCAUCUUCAGCUUCUGCUGGGAGAAUCUUAAUGAGACCAAGCUUGUUUCCAUCAGUAUCACCAAUGGACCAGUAUUCUGUGGUGUGGUUGGAGCAGUGGCCAGACAUGAAUAUACAGUUAUCGGCCCAAAGGUGAGCCUUGUGGCCAGGAUGGUAACCGCCUACCCAGGGUUGGUGUCCUGUGAUGAGGUAACGUAUCUGAGGUCCAUGCUACCUGCUUACAACUUCAAGAAACUCCCAGAGAAAAUAAUGAAAAAUAUCUCCAAUCCAGGAACGAUGUAUGAGUAUCUUGGCCAAAGCAGAUGUGUAAUGUUUGGGAAGAGACAUUUACCCAGAGAGAGAAAUAAAAGCCACCCUUUGCUAGAUCGAGAGAAAGAACUAGAAGCCUUUAAAGUGGCCCAUCAGGGGUGUUUGCACCAGAAGAAGGGACAAGCGGUUCUGUAUGAAGGUGGAAAAGGCUGUGGGAAAAGUCAGCUAUUGGCUGAAAUAAACUUUCUGGCCCAGAAGGAAGGGUACAGGGUGUUGCCAUUGAAGCUGAAGGAAGCAGAUUCCAAGCAGUACUUCUAUGCCAUCCAGACCCUCAUGGCCAUCUUCUUUGAGAUCGAUACAUGCCCAGCCUACUACCGGCAAGAGUGCCUGCACCAACAGCUACAUGGGAUAGUGCAGGAGCCACUUCACUGCCUUUUCAACGACCUCUUCUUUGUGAAGUUUCCCAUAUCCUUCAAAGUUUCACACAUGGAUGAUCUGGCCAGACAAAAGAAGGUGAAAUCAUGUUUUAUUCAAGUACUUCGGAAGGCAGUGAGGAAAAUACCACUGAUUUUCCUGAUUGACGAGGCCAUGUAUAUAGAUGCAGCUUCCUGGGCAUUCUUGGGAGAAUUGCUCUCCAGGGUGCCCAUCCUGAUGGUGAUGACAUUGACCACUGCCUACACCCUGUGUGUCGGGGCCCAGAAUUUCCUGCAGAGCCCUCAAGCUGUUCUUGUGCCCAUUUCGAAGUUGGCGGCAACCUCGCUGUUGAGACUAGCAUGUUGGGAACUAGGGGUGGUGAGCAUCCCCCAAGAGUUGCAGAGCUACCUUCUCCGCAGGUGCUUUAGAAACCCCCUCUAUUGUGAGAUCUUAUGCCAGGACCUUCUCUCUAAGGACAUAUUGCUCUUUCAUGAUCUACAAAAGGAGGACAAGGAGAACACCAAGUGGGAGACCCUAUCUGCCAAAGCAAUGAAAUCCACAAUGUACAGUAUUAUUCCAACCAGCUGUGACGACCAGAAACUGUAUGUCUGCACAGUCAGGGAUGAUGUGAACUUGGAUACAGUGCUUCUCCCACUGCUGUUAAAAGAAAUAGCAGUAAAUCAACUGGAUCAGCUGAGUUCAGAGGAACAGUUGCUGCUGAAGUGUGCGGCCGUCAUUGGUCACUCCUUCCAUGUCGAUCUGCUGCAGCACCUCUUGCCUGGAUGGGCUAGAAAUAAGUUACUGCAGGUGCUGAGGGCUCUUGUGGAUGUGCAUGUACUCCAGUGCCUUAACGAAAACCAGGAGAUUCCUGCUGAGCCCUUAUUAGCACAUUCGUCUGUCAACAUUAUUGAUCAGACCACAGAGGAAAAGCCAGCCUCACUUCUCAGAUUGCAAGAGCAGCUAUUCCUACCACAAGCCGGAAUGCUAGAAUUUGGAGUGCCUCUCUUACGGGAAGCCGCCUGGGAGCUGUGGCCCAAGGAACAGCAGAUAGCUCUGCACCUCGAAUGUGCCUGCUUUCUCCAGGAGCUGGCCUGCCGCUGUGGGAGCUGCCAUGGAGGAGACUUUGUCCCCUUCCAUCGUUUUGCAGUCGGUUCGACUAAGAGCUCCAGUAGGACUUCCCGAUUCUGUACUUACAAAGAUACUGGCUCAGUGCUGACACAUGCUAUCACAGGCAAACUGCAGCCGCCUUUUCCUCAAGAUAGUUUGCAGUUCCAGGAAAAAACAUUUAGAAGUUGGGAGGCCUUGUCAAGUGAUCCCUGCAGAACAGAGGAAGAGUUCCUGGAUCAAGUGAACAGGAAACUGGCCUGGACUAGCCCUGAGGAAGACCUGUUGACCACAAAGCCCUGUCACUGUGAGGAAAUCCUGAAGUUAGUGCUCUCGCCUCUCACUCAGCACUGCUUGGUCACUGGAGAAACCACAUGCGCAUUCUAUUACCUGCUGGAGGCUGCUGCAGCUGCCUUGGACCUCUCGGAUAAUUACUUGGCCUUCUUUUACUUGAGGAAGGCAGGCAGUCUUCGGGGCCCACCAUCAGCAUUCCCCUUCCCGAGAAAGCACACCGUGAAGAUCUGUCAGUUUGAGGAGGCCACUUUCUGCUGUCUGCGGUCAGAGGUCUGCUUUAAGAUGGGGCAGAUCACCUUGGCCAAAAAACUGGCUAGAGAAGCUCUUAGACUGUUGAAAAGACACUUCCCUUGGACCUGGUUUGGUGUCUUUUUCAAGACAUUCCUGGAAAAGUAUUGGUUUUCCUGUUCUGUGAGCCGACGUCCAGACAGCCCUAUUGAGAGUAAGAAGAAGUUGGCCAUCCUCCAGCAGCAGGUGCACUGCCUCUCCCUACUCUGGCAGCUCUAUAGCCUUGAGGCAACAGCCAACAACCUCAGGUUUGCCUGCCUGGCUGCUCUUAUGCAGAAGAAUUCAGCUGAAGCGUUUGCAAAUGAAGUUCAGGUUGUCUCCAGUUAUGUGGACCUCUCUCAGUUCUCCCAGAACGUUGGCGACAGGGAUAAGUGGCUGCAGUGUGAGAGGAUGGCCAUUCAGAAGAGCAGCCUGUGUUGGUUCUCCAGGGAGGGAUUGUUGGCCAUGGCCCAGCUCAUGCAGUCCUUGGCUUACACCAAGCUAUGCCUUGGCCAUCUUGAUUUCUCCAUCAAGCUGGGUUUCCAAGCUCUUGAGAUCUGCAGAUACCUUAGGAAACCAACUCUGGAGAAGCUGGUUCUCUCGGUUCUCUUCAGAUCAGCGUUUCUGAAGAAGAAAUUUGAUCUGUGUGUCCAUGUGCUGGAGAAUCAGUGGGCUCUCACUUCCAAAACUCAUGAUGUCCUUGGCCUGGCCUGCUUUUACUCUGCUUGCUUAGAUCUGCUGCUCUAUGGAGAAGGAUUGCUGUGUCGGUCCUUUGACGAGUGCCUGAAUUUCAUUCAACACUACGAGCAUAGCUGUGUUCUAACUUCCCAGAGCAACAUUAUGCUGGGAGUUCAGUCCUCCCUGGCCAUGUGGUUUGCCCAGGACUCACAGUGGCACUUGUUUGUGCACCACUUCUCUAAGGCCUGCCAAUUGGUGAAAAGAACCAACGCCUCACUAUUUGGUUCACAUGGCUUUGUCCGAUUCCUAGAGUGCCAUGUGCUAAUGUUACAGAGUAUGCCAGAAUGCUUCUUCACACGUAUUUACCCAAAGAAUCAUAACCAAACCCUCAAGUACUUCAAGGAGUUCUUCUCUAGAUGUGUGACCUGCCCUGUCUAUCACCAGUGGGUCUCUGAGCUUAAGGCUUCAGUAAUGAGAUGUGGAAAGAGAGAACCCAUGUCCUUGACUAACAUCAUACCUGUUGACACCGGUUUUGCAAGAUUUCGAGAGAAGGGGAAUUCCUGCUGGAAAACAACUCUUACAAAAGAAAUUUAGGACUACAGAGAUUUAGCAGAGUGGCUGAUGUCAAAGAGAAUGAACCUCAAGUAUGUUUAUGUUAAAAGUUACAAAAUCUAAAGUGACCAUCGUUGUUGUGUAUAACACAAGGAAAUGCUACAGAUUCUCGUAUUUAAGAUACUGUAUAGUGUACAUAUUGAAGGCUUUGUUCCCCCAGGAAAAUGAGGACUCCAUUGAUUGAUGGGCAUCUUGACAGCUGCCGCCUCCACAAGAGACAGAAGUACAGCCUGUGGCUCUUAUCAGCCAUGCUCAGAGCAUCCUGCCACAAGUCCCCAAAUAGCAUCCUUGGCUUAUCCU